AUGGCCUGUAAAUGCAACUACCUAACCCUACCCCACUUGUUUAUUUCUGCAGAAUGUAAAAUGGAGUCUCAUCUAAGACAAAAAAGCCAGACUUUGCUAAAACAGCUUAAGCUGUCGCAACAGCUUCUGAACAGUGAGAUCGAUCUACAUGACGCACCUUGUGAAGCUGUCCCAAGAUCUGUCAACUUUUCCAGAAAUGAUGACAGUUUUAUACUGAAACCUGCCUAUGCCAGAAGCAAGUUACUGGGUGCUGCCAAACUGGCCUCUGAUGACCCUGCUAUGGUUAAGGGUAGGAAUAAAAGCAGACAGGAUAUAAUGAAGAACAAGGAGAAUAUGUUUGGAAGCAAUGACCAUGCUGAGAUACUCGGAAGUAGUAAAAAUUAUUCGAAAACAUCCUCACUCCUUCACAACGCAGAAUCGGAUUCUAGACUACGAGAUACAGAAAGAAACAAUCAAAAGACACACCAAGAUAUACUUGACAAUAAAGAUGCUGUUAUCUCCUCGUCAUGGCAACCAGCGACCCCUAACACUCAGCGCAGGCGGAACCUAAUUGACCGACAUAUUCAUGUGUCUACAAAGCUUGAUGCGAAAGAGUUGAGGGAUUUGAACAAGGAGAGACUGCUUAAUUUCAGCUACUCUGAAGUUAAUUCUGAUGAUGCAGUUUUGGACACAAGUGAUGGGAGAGAUCCACAGAGCUGUAGAAAUCAGCAGAUCUUAAAAUCUGCUGGAAAAUCGGAACAGCAGUUUAAGGUCAUCAAGUCAGAUGGAAAUUCUGAGCAUCAGCUGAAGACAUCAACGUUAAACGGAGAUUCAGAACAUGAUACAGUGACUGUCAGUUCUACAAUACAAACUGGAGAACAUGAGAAAGAAAAUGCUGAUGAAGCUGGAAAAGAGAAGAAAGCAGGGGCCAGAAUUGAUCGAGAAAAUUUUAAAAAGCAGCUUGAGGAUGACGGCAAUAACCGUAAAUUAAAUAACUUCAUCCGAGACACAACAGUUAAGCCAAAGUCACUGCUGAACUCAACGUCGUAUAGUCUUCACAACCUGAGUACCUCUAAAAGGAAUGCCUCUAGUGUUAGAUUUGACAUGUCUGGAGACACCCAAGAAUCGCUACCUGACCAGCGGAUGCUCGGCUAUGAUUGGAUCGCUGCCUUGCUGGACAAUGAUUCUGCAUUGGUUGACCAGUCUGAGAGCUUCUUCAACGAGCUCCGAGAAUUCAGGAAAGCUUAUAAAGAUGAGUGCAGUAACCGGUUUUACAUGGAGGGCCCUCAUACCCUCGUCGACUUCGAACCCCAACCUGUCGUUGAAGCCUUGAAGGAGCCAAAAGUCGAGCCCUAUGUCGUUAAUGAGAGACUGUUUCCAGAACCACUUAACAAUGGUCUCAUUGACUAUGAAGAUUCGAACAGAAGGGCGAGGGAACCAACGUCUGAAAACCCACGAUUUGUACGCGUGAGUAUUCCGCGCUCAACUCUUCAGAGCCCUCAAAGAUGGAAGCCGCAUCGCAGGGGAAGUUUUGGUUCAGGUGAUUCAUGCUCCCUCAAAGAUCACUGCCUACUGGGGUGGGAGAACCGAGUUCCAACAGUGAUACCCACAGCUCGCUAUGUGGACUUGAAGACAGCGGCCGGAACUGGGAAGGACUACCAGAAAAUUACACUGGCUGAAGCUGAGAAACAGGCCUCACAACACAGUUACUCCCACUGGCCAUUUGAGAGAACCGCCCCUCGCCUUGAUCUGCUGCACCUCUGGCAGAAGCAUUACUCAGAUGCAGCCCGCAACAUGACCAUGCCAGCAUCCACCAACAAUAGCAACUCCACCACCAGAUCCAACAGUGGCAUGGACUCAGUCAAAAGAGCCACUGACCAGCUCCUCAACUCCACAUAUGCCACCAUGUAUGAGAUGGAGAGACUGAAGGAGGAGAGAAGGUUGGAAGGAAUGAUCAAGCAACAGCAGAAGAAUUGA